UGAACAGGUCUUCCAUUUUUAAAAAACUCUUCUCCGAAAGUAGCCUUUGCAAUUUUCCCUUUCUUUCCUCUUUUGCCUGCGUGUCUUCCUGUCUUUCCCUCUUAGUGGAAAUUCCUCACCUCACCAAGUCACCAUUUUUUUUUUGGGUCGUCACCGACUACUGCUAGUUUGACAACUGACUGUUAGGCAAUAGGUACUUAAUAAAAGCUCAUGAAGAAGCCAUUUUUGUUGCUUUUGUUGAAGGGUAUUUCAGUUUUUCAGCAAUCAUGGUCUUUUCUUCUUGCAGCUCCCGUCCUUUAGUCUCACUAAAGAUUAGCCACUUUGAGCAGCCUAGUAAUCUUCGUCAUAAUGUGAAAGUGGACCAAAGAUUCACUUCUGCUCUCAAAAGCAGGACUACUGAACACUUUGGUCAGCGAGCAGGAAUUGGAUCUGGCGUACUUGGUGAAUGGAGUUUUGCUAGAGGAACAAGACUUGUUAUUAGACAAAAAGUUUCAACAUUUGUUCAUUGUAGAAAAAGCUUUGAAGUACAAGCUUCAUGGUUGACAACUUCUCAAAUUGCUAGCAGCGUAUUUACCUUGGGAACAGCAGCAGUUCUUCCGUUCUAUACUCUCAUGGUUUUUGCUCCUAAAGCUGAAUUGACUAAAAAGUCUAUGGAAAGUAGCAUCCCGUAUAUUGUGCUCGGACUUAUGUAUGCAUACCUGCUGUAUCUCUCCUGGACACCUGAUACAUUAAGGCUGAUGUUUGCUAGUAAAUACUGGCUGCCAGAGCUAUCUGGUAUGGCCAAAAUGUUCUCUAGCGAAAUGACAUUAGCUUCUGCCUGGAUUCAUUUAUUGGCCGUAGAUCUCUUUGCCGCAAGGUUGGUUAUGUCUCCCCCAGCUCAAAGAGCUGAGUUUGAUUUCCCACUCCCCAAAAGCUUUUGA